AUGGCGGAUUCAUCGCGGGUCCAGUGUUUUCGUUGUGGUGGUUUCGGUCACUUCUCCCGAAACUGCGUCUGGCCCGGUUUCGGCGGCAGGGGCGGUGCUGGUGGCGGACUACCCCGCAGUCUUCCCCCAGCCGCGCACGCCGCCGCGGUAGGCGACCGCAACGCGCGCGCCCUCUGCGCUGCGUGCGGGCACUUCGGGCACACAGAGGCCAAGUGCGGGCGCGACCUCCCCAUGGGUCCCCUCCCGCCGCACCCCAUGGGUCCCCACUUCCCCCACCCCGACCUCCACCGCCCUUUCGAUCCGCGUUUCCCUGGCGGAGCCAUGCCGCGCUGGCCGCGAAUUCCGGGAUUGGACGACGAUCCACGUAGGCUGUACCCCAGGGGCCCUGCUGGUUGGCGCGGGCCUCCUCCUAGAGAUGACACGUGGCGACCCGCGCGGCGGGAUAUACCCGGGAGGGGGGACUAUGGCGCGGAUGCGGGGGAGCGGGAGGAUAGGCGCGGUCCAGGGUGGUUGGAAGAGGCUGAAAGGGGUUUCGCUAGGUCCAGAAUGGAGGCUGGGGAGAUUCGCGACGAGGAGGCGGGGGAGAGAGCAGGGAGGGGGGGCGACGAGCGAUGCAAUGGUGGGCAAUUUCCCCGGAGGCUAGCGGGAGGCCUUCCCCCUGGGCCGUUGGAGGGGGGGAGCAGCGAAUUCAGGCAGCCGCGCAGCAGAGAGCGCAGGGACGGGGAUGGCGGAGGGAUGGGGGAGUUUGCGGGUGCGUAUGAUGUGAGGCUGGGGCAUGGGCGCGGCGGGGGAUUUCCGCAUUCUGGUGGCGCAUGGGCGGAGGAUUUUGUUCCGCUAGGGUGGGGGGAUGGGUGGGGCGGGGAGAGCUCGGGGGUGUGGCAUGGCGCGCUGGAUGCGGGCGCGGGCGGCGCUGGUGGCGGGCCUGGCUGGGGCGCUGGCGCGGAUAGGGAGGUGCGCGGGGAUGUUCGGGGGGAAGGGCGUGGGGAGUUUUCUGGUAGGCGGGGGGAGCGGGGGAGCUAUGGGGGAGCUGAGGACCCUGGGGAGGGCUGGUCGCGGCUCCGGAGGGGGGAGAUGGUGGUAGAUGAGCGGGAGGGGCGGGAAGGAAGGGCUUAUAACGGGUAUGAAGAGUGGGAGGGUGUGGAGGGAGAAGGAAGGAGGGGGUGGGGGAGGAGAGGGGUGGAGGGGCAGAGAGAGGAGGUUGAGAAGGGCGAGGUAAGGGAGAGAGGGGAUCAAGCGGAUGAAGGGGAAGUGGGGGUGGAUGAGAGAGAGGAGGGGGAGGAUGUGGAAGAGGGAUGCGUAGAGGGGUCCGUAGAGGGACGAACGGAGGGAAGAAUGGAGGGAAGAAUGGAGGGGAGGGAGAGGCCAUUAUCUUUGUCGCCUAAGAGACGAGCCUCUAAGAGUCCUCUUGAGAAUGGGCCUGGAUUGAGCGAGCAUGGUAGUGAGGCGAGGAAGGAGAGAGAAAAGGGAAGGGGAAAGACGAGAGAGAGCGAGAGGAGGACGAAGGAGGUGGAUAAAGAGAAAGAGAAGGAGAAGGAGAAUAAGAGGGGGAAGGAGAAGGAAAAGGAGAGGGAUAGGGAGAAGGUUAGGGAGAAGGGGAAGGAAAGAGAGAAGGAGAAGGGGAAGGAGAAGGAGAAGGAGGAGAAGGAGAAGGAGAAGGAGAAGGAGAGGGUGAAGGAAGGGGACAGAGUGAAGGAUAAAGAGAGGGUGAAGGAGCGAGAAAAAGUGCGGGAGAAGGGGAGAGGUAGGGAAGCCAAUGCAGCCACUGCUGCUACCGUUCCAGAGCUAGACAAGGAGCGGGCGAGUAGCAAAGUAGAUGCUGAAAGGCCGCAAGAGGAGAAAGCAGAGAGCUUGAAGGACGAAUCGGGGGCGUCGCGACCUAGGAAGGAGGAUACGGCAGUGGGAGAUCUAGUGGCAAUGACUAUUGAGAAGGUGGAUCGUGGUCCUGUGUUGAAGCAACAUGUGGAUGAGCAGGAGGCUGGCGGUGGAAAGGCUGCUUUGGAGUUGACACACAAGUCACCAGAGGAGAGGGUUGGUGAGAAGGCAGCUAUGGAGAGGGCUGCGAGUGAGGUGGUAGUUAGGGAUACGAUGACUGCUAGUGACACGGGUGCUAGGGAGACGGGUUCAAGUGAGGGAGUAGGUAGGGAAGAAGUUAGUGAAACGAAGGCUAGGGAUAAGACUAGUGAGGCAGUAGAAGGCAGGGAACAGGUUAAGGGUGAGAAGGUGACUGAAGCCUGUCUAAUUGUACAACGUGAAUCAUCACCUGUGCCGUCGAGUCGACCUCCAGGUGAUUCUUCAGGUGGUAGUUCACCCAAAUUACCUGCUAGGCUUGCUUCUGGCAGUGCUGCCUCCGAGCCUGCCACCAUACCAGCGGCCAGCAUCCCCAAACCUGAGGGAGCUUCCGAGCCUGCCACCGUGUCUGACACCACAGCUUCCGAUAUGGAGGCGCGGGCUUCCAAGGCUGCUGCUGGCGCCGAGCCUGCUGCGGCUGAGCCUGCACUUGCGGAUAGGGUUUCAUUGCAGCUCUGCCCCUCGUUCUCCCGCCCGUUUGGUGGGUUUGGAGAAGUGGGGGGUACAGACGGGCCGUGGUGGCCUCCCAAUGCUGGGAGAGAGCCUUUAAGUAAGGAGCAAGCAAGUAAAGAGCAAGUGAGUGAAGAGCAAGGGGAACCGGUUGGGGGUAGUGGCCUGGGGGAAGGAGCUCCUGCUAGAGUAGAGGGGGAAGGUGGUGCGGUUGGAGGUGAAGGAGAGGGCGUGACAGGUGGAGAUGCAGGGGAGCGCGAUGUGGGUAGAAAUGAGAGAGGAGAGGGACAGGUGGAUGCUGGUGGGGAUAAAGGGGGGAAGCAGCUGGGUGAUGCAGGGGCUGUGGCACAGGCAGAGGAGGGUACAGCAGGGGCGAAUUUGGGUGCAGAAGGGGCGGAGGGAGGGGAAAAAGCGGCUGGAAGGAGUUUAGAUCCUUGUAGAGGCGAUUGCAGGGAGCUUGAGGCACAGAGGCGUGAGGCUGGAGGAGUUGAGGAUGGGAGUGAUCAGGCUGGGUGCAACAGAGGGGUGGGUGAACGGAGGCUGGUGGUGGGAGGUCCCGUUGAUGGGAUGCAAUCGGAGGAAGAAGUGCAAGGGAGGGCAGGUAUAGAGACAGGGAGGGAAAGGGGUGAGGAAGUGAGGCUUGCAGAAGGUUCGGUGAAAGGAAGGCAAGGGGGAGAAGAAGAUCAGGCGCGGAGGGAUGCUGCUUCUUCUUCUGCUGCUGCUUGUACUGCUUCUGGUGCUGUUGCUGUUGCUGCUGCGGCGACUGCUGUUGCUGUUUCUGCUGAAGGUGUCGAGAGGAAUGAAGUGGAGUGUAGGGAGGCGGAGAAGGAUGGUGGCUCAGGUGCUGCUGCUGACGCUACUGUUGCUGAGGUGGCAGGUGCUGUUGCAGCAGGAGCCACGGUUGUGACUGAUUCUGAGGUGGCAGGUGCUGAGGCGGCAUGUCUGGAGGUGGCAUCUGUUGAGGUGGCAGGUGCUGAGGUGGUUACUGCGGAGUUGCAGAGUGUGGAUGAGAGGGUGGAGAGGUUGAUGCAAGGCGUGGUGCUCGUGGCUGGGAAAGAGAAGGACAUCAUUUUUGAGCUGCUGAGUGCAGCAGCAACGUUGGUGGAGGAGCAGUUGGAGAAGGAACUGGGAAUCCUGUGCGAACCUGUCGCUGGUACUGUCUCUCCCUUUAAGCGUAUGGUGCUCCACUUGCAAGCACUAGUCUCUCCCUUCAAGCGUAUGGCGUCCACCAGGCGAGGCUCGUCCCUCUCCCUGCAAGCAGCAGGCUCCUCUGUUUCGCUGCAGGGCGCGAGGGAGUCAGGGGUUGACAUGGCUGCUGCUGCUGCGGAGCUGGUAAUGCGGAAUGCGCUCUUGGUUCAGCAGUUUGGCCUGGCGAUCCUGGGAGAAGUCGAACCGAAGCUGGAGUUAGCUUCUCAGGGUGAGGGUGCUGAAGAGAAGUUUGGGAGAGAGAGGCAUGCUGGGACGGUGGAGAGCGGUGCUGUGGUUCAAGGGGAGGUACCAGGGUCAGCAGCUACAGGAGCAGCAGCAGCAGAGGCAGGAGCAGGCACACGAGAAGCAGGAGGAGCAGGAGAAGAAGGAAAAGGGGCAGGAGAAGCAGGGGCUGCUGUUGGGGCUGUGCGCGAAAGAAAUGGGGGAGGAGGAGAGGCGAAUGGGGUGGGGCGAGAGGGAGAGAAGGGCAAACCCAGGGAGGUGGAUGGUGGUGCCGACUUUGGUCGCAUUUUCAACCUGCUGACGGCUCAACUGGAGCAGCAGCACAUGCAUUCGCUACAGCAAGACUUGUUAGUGGAAAAGGACUCGAAACACGAGGGAACGUGCAUGGAGGAAGCAUUUUCAGAUGCGCAGGGAGAGCUAGGAGCGGAGGGAGGGCAGGGCGGGAGCAGCUCAGUUGCUGUCCCGAGGUUUGUUCCUUUCGCUCUGAACGUUUCUCCCUUGGGGGAGGCGAGUGGAGACGAGAAGGAGGGCGAAACUGAGAGUGAGAGUGAGAGUGAGAGUGAGAGGAGUGAUGGUGGUGAGCUUGGUGGGUCGGCCCAGGCUGCUCUCAGGGAGGCUGGGGCAAUGGCAGAAGAGGAAAGGAGAGGAAUGGAGUUGCGGACUGAGGCAGGAACUGAAGUGCGGGUUGGUGAAGCUGAGAGCAAUGGACUGUCUGGCGUGGGAGCUGGAGGGAAGCUUGGCAGUGGCGGUGGUGGUGGUGAUGGUGGGUCUGACCUACAGACCCAUAGCUCUAUGGAGGUUGACGGUGGUGCUGCUGUUCGAAAGGAUCCUGCCAGAGACGGAGAGAAGAAUGCCGGGAAGGUUUGUGCUGGUCGGGAUGGGGGAGUGGGGUUUGGAGAAGGCGAGGAGAGGGAGGAGCGAGGGAAGGAGACCGAGGAGGGAGGAAAGGGCGAGGAGCAGGAGAGAGAGGGAGGAAUGGGGGGUAAGGAGUCAGGGGAGGAUAGGUUUGGUGGAGAGAAGGAGAAUCUGGUUAAGAUGCAGGCAAGAGAAGAGAGGGAGGGGAGGAGGGAAGAUGGGGUAGCUGUUGAUGGAGAGAGCACGGUGGUGUCAAUCGAAGGGGUGCGUGCAGCUGUUGCUGCUGCAGUGGAACCAGUUAGUGGCAUGCAAGCAGCAAGUGUAGGGUUACCAGCAGCUACAAUGACGCCUGCUGCGCCUCUGAAUGCUGUGUCUGAUGCUCGCGUUUCUUCUAACUCUGAGCCUGCUGCUGAAGUGAAAGGCAAAGCACCAGGUUCUUCAGAAGCUUUGCAGCAGGAGAAGGGAGCUGUUGUUGCUACUGCUGCUACUGCAAGAGCAGCUGAUGUGGGGAUCCCUGCCGCAGAAGCUUUACCAGCUGAAACUGUAUCUGCUGAGGCUGUAGCGGCCGAAGCUGGGGCUGUAGCAGGUGGAGUUGCAACUGCCAAGGCAGCACCCGCGGAGUCUGUUGCUGCCAAUGAAGCAGAUGCUAAGGCUGCUGCGUGUGCACAAGUGGUAUCUGCUGACCGUAUAGCUGCUGCUGCUGAUGGGGUGACUGGUUGGACAGAGAAAAACACAGAGGUAGGCGGAGAGAGGAAGCAGGGAGUAGGGGAUAGUGGUGAGGGAAGAAGUGAUUCAGUGGAUGGCAUUAGGGAGAGGAGAGGAGCUGAAGCGGGUACAGAAGAUGGAGAGGAGGAAGGGGCGAGUCUGGAAGGUGCUGCCUCUCGUUCUCAUGAUCUUCCACAGCUGCAGGUGGAGCAGCAGGAACAGCACGAGGAGGAGGCGGAGGAGGCGGAGGAGAAGGAGGAAGGGGAGGAGAAAGGGGAGAAGGACGGGGAGGAGGAAAAAGAGCAACAGAAGGACAAGCAGCAGCAGCAGCAGCGGUGGUUGCAGGUGCCAUCUGAUCUGUUUUGGAACCGCAAUGCAGCAAAGGCAGGUCCGGUACUUAGGUCUCUCUUCCCAGGCAUAUUCACCACUAAGGGGCGCUUACCUAAGCAACAUUUUCUCAAGGGAAACUGGUACUACCGGGACGGUAUGGGCAAGGAGCAGGGCGGGGUGUCAUUCACGCGCCUGCAAUGGAUGGUCAGUGCAGGGUUGCUGGUGGAAGGAACGAGUGUGUGGCGCAAAGAGGACGACCUCUGGCUCCCUGUGGUGAAGCUCGCCCUGCUCACGCCCUACUUGUCACAGUUGCAGGACCCUGCGUUUGUUUUCGCCCUCGGGCUGAGAUUAGGGUUAGGGUUAGGGUUGGGUGUGGCCCCGCAGGUGCCUAUGGCUCGGGAUGGGUACCCCCUGGUGGUUCCGGGGUUGGAUGGGGCGGAAAAGGGGGUGGUGUUGCGUGGGCCAGUGUUUGCUGCUGGUGGAGGCAGGGAGGGAGUGGUGGAGGAGGAGGAUUGGGACCCUAGGCUGGACCGAGGGGUUACGGUGGAUGCAGGGAGCGGGAAACGCAGUUUGGUGGGGCAAAAGGAGGGGAGGGAUAGGGCUGAGAGGGGGGUGGUGUUGCGUGGGAAGGUGUUAGCUGCUGCUGGCGGCAGGGAGGGAGUGGUGGAGGAGGAGGAUUGGGACCCUAGGUUGGACCGAGGGGUUACAGUGGAAUCAGGGAGGGGGAAACGCAGUUUGGUGGGGCAAAAGGAGGGCAGGGAGGUGAGGGAAAGGAGGGAUGGGAGGGAGAAGAGUGGGGGCAGGGAGGGGGUAGAGAUGGAGGGGCGUUGGGAGGAUGUUGCUAGGGAGGGUGGCAGAGAGAUGGUCUUGGUGAGGAGUGCUGGGAGGGAGGAGCUCGUGGGUGAUGGGGGUCGAGGGGAUGGAGAUGGGGAUUCAGAGGAUGGGGAUGGGGAUGGGGUUGGAGAUGGGGUUGGUGAUGGGGUUGGGGAUGGGGUUGGUGAUGGGGUUGGGGAUGGGGUUGGGGAUGGGGUUGGGGUGGGGGAUGGGCUAGCGAUAUUGGUGCAGGCUGGGCUGCAGUCUGCCGCAUUAAGAGCUACUCCAGAACCAGAUAGUAGACUACAAUGUGGGAAACGUCUGAAUGAUAUGGGUAGGGGUUGCAAGGACGAGGAGGUGGAGGAGGGGGAGGAAACGUGGGAGAGGAUUGGGUUGAUUGGGGAGAUGGAGGGGAAGGUGGGAGGUGAGGGAACGGGGGAGAGGAUUGGGGGGAUGGAGAGGGGGGUGGGAAGUGGGGAUUGUGAGAAGAUGGAAGGAGCAGAGGCGGAGGGGAUAGGGGAGGGGAUGAUGGAGGGAGUAGGGGAGGGGAUGGGGGAGGCGGAGCAAGGGGUGGGGCAUGGUCUGCUGUUUCUUGCAGCAGCAUGGGAGUCGGUAGGUGGGGAAGUGGGUAUGGGAGGGGAGAAGGAGGAGAAGGGAGAGGGGCAGGAAGAGGAGAAAGCAGAGGAGCAGGCAGAGGGGCAGGCAGGCAAGAAGGCAGGGGAAGAGGCAGAGGAGAAAGAAGGGGAGAAGGGCGGGGAGAAGGGGCAGCAAGAAAGACCACUCGGGGAGGAAGGUUCUGUUUCUGACUGUGUCCAAGGACCAAGGGGUGCUGGCAGUGGUGGGUCAUCCUGUCCUCUAGUGGAGGGGGCUGCAGCAGCAAGGGGAAGAGGAAAAGAGGAUCUGACUAUGGGAAAUUUAAAAAAGGAGUCAGCUGGGAAGGGGGAGACGGAGGCGGGUGAUAGCAGUGCUGUAGAUUUGGAUGCUGCCUCAGGGUUGGGUAUCGAAGGAAGGGUGGGUACGGGUGCAGGAGAGGGGCCAAUGGGUGGAGGUGCAGGCACUGUAACAGCAGCAACAGCAGCAGCAACAGCAGCAGCAGUAGCAGUAGCAGCAGCAGCAGCAGGUGCUGGCACUGUAGCAUCAGCUGAUGGUGGAGCGAUGCUGGUUGGGGGUUCAACAGCAGGGGCUUUCUCAGGGUGUCUGCCCGAAGUGGGGCAGGAAAAAGAUUUUCUCGAGCUGCCACAGAAAAGUCUGGCUGAUGUGGGAAAGGAGAAGGAUUUUGUUGAAAUGCCGUUCAGCCGCUACUCCCGUCGCAGAACCAUGGGAGUUGUUAAAGCCCAUGUGCAUGCCAGUGCCCCUCUUGGCCCCUCCGUAGCCUCUCAUGUGAUCCCUACAGCCUCUGUUCCAGCUCCCACUACUGAGGUCGUUGCCUCUGAUUUGUUUGGUGCAGCUAGCGCUAAGUCUUCAGGUUUUGGUGCUGCUGCUUCCUCCGUUACAGUCACAGCAACCGAGGGGAUACUAGGGAAUCGCAGCAAGACGGAGGGGGAGGAUGUGACUGAAAAGGAGGUGAUAACCCUCCUCUCCUCAGGCCUCGUUAGUCCAGACCCCAUUCGUGAGCCUGUUCUUUCUACGGGGCGCUGUGGGGGGGAGGGUGGGGAAGAUACUACUGGUGAAGGUACAACUGGUGCAGGUGCAUGGGAGGGGAAGGCGGGGGAAGGAGAUCAGAGUGAGGGUGUGUGUUAUGGUGGAAGGAUGGAUGGGGGAAUGGGGGGCAGGAUGGAGAUGGAUGGGCAUGAGGCCUCAGGAUGGGGACGCAGGGGACAAAGAGAGGUGGGAAGCAGAGAGGAGGGAAAUGGAGAGGAGGGGCACAGAGAGGAGGGGCAUGGAGAGAAGGAAGUGUGUCCGGACGAGCGGCAUGCAGAAGGGGAGCAGCAGUACGAAUCAAUACCACAUGAGUAUAAGCCGUGGGUAGGGCCAGGAGUUGGGUGGGCGGACAGUAGAGGGCUGUCAGAUGCAGAUGACUCACGUGUGGCCACUCCAGAGCUGGCAGGGGCAGCUGCGCUCACCACUCUUGAGGUUUUGCCUCAAAGGCCACACGAGUACAAGGCAUGGGCAGUGCCAGGAGGGUGGGGGGAUGGUAGGGGUUUGUCAGACGCAGAUGACUCACGUGUGGCUACUCCAGAGCUGGCAGGGGCAGCUGCUCUCACCAUGCUGCUUCCCUCUGCUGAGAUGUUUGAGCUGACUCACAACAGGUCACCGCUGACUCACAACAGGUCACCGCUGACGCACAGCAGGUCACCGCUAACUCAGAACAGGUCACCACUGACUCACAACAGGUCACCGCUGAGUCACAACAGGUCACCACUGAUUUACAAGUCACCAUUGACUCACAAAUCACCGUUCAUGGAGUCGAUUCACAAGUCACCGUUGGUUGACGCAGCUCACGAGUCACCAAUGGUGGAGUCGACUCACAAGUCACCUGCUGCUGUGGUCACUGUGCGGCUAGCAGCAGAGCAGGGAGAGGCAGGUAAGGUGGGAGCUCGCAAGGCAAAAGGAGAGCCCGCAGAGUUGAGAGCUGGAGGAGGAGGAGAGGCAGGAGAGGGAGGAGAUGAAGGGGAAGCUGCGUGCAUUGGUGAAUUCAAGGCUGGCUGUGCCUCACUUGCUACGGCUGCGACUGCUGCGCGUGCUGAUGGUGUCGCUUCAGCUUCCGCCAGUGUUGGUGUUAACCCUGCUUUGAAAGCGGACGUGGAAUCACAAGGCUUCCGGAAAGAUGCUGAAGGAUUGGCUGGGGCAGCUGGAGGAGAUGGGUUAGGAAUAGGGAAGGGGGAGACGAAGCAGGGUGGGCAGAAGCAAGGAGAGGAGAAGCGGGGAGAGACGAAGCAAGAGAAGGAGGAACAAGAGGAGGAAGGGGACAGAGAGUCAGGGGAACUGGGGGAGUUUGCGGUUUGUGGCACUGACGGCAGUGGUGCAGCUGAUGGUGCUGGCGGUUGUGGUGUGGGUGCUGGUGGUGUUGCCGGUGGUGGUGCGGGUGGUGGUGGUAAUGCCGGUGGCGGUGCUGGUGGUAAUGCUGGUGCUGGUGCUGGUGGUGGUGCUGGUCGUAAUGCUGGUGGUGGUGCUGGUCGUAAUGCUGGUGGUGGUGCUGGUCGUAAUGCUGGUGGUGCAGAUGGAAUGAGUGUACCGCGAGAGAAAAGCAGCGGGUCAGCCGCUGCCGCUGCUUCACGGGAUGGGGGAGGAGCAGCAGAGAAACAGGGGCGUAAGGCACAGGGGCGGAAGGCACAGGAACGGGAGGAAGCACAGGGGCGGAAGGCACAGGAACGGGAGGAAGCACAGGGGCGGAAGGCACAGGAACGGGAGGAAGCACAGGGGCGGAAGGCACAGGAACGGGAGGAAGCACAGGGGCGGAAGGCACAGGAACGGGAGGAAGCACAGGGGCGGAAGGCACAGGAACGGGAGGAAGCACAGGGGCGGAAGGCACAGGAACGGGAGGAAGCACAGGGGCGGAAGGCACAGGAACGGGAGGAAGCACAGGGGCGGAAGGCACAAGGACGGGAGGAGGCAGCACAGGGGCGAGGUAAGCAGCAGCAGCAGCGCAGCCCCAUCACCCACCGGAGCCCCCUCAUUCAACGCUUACAGCAGCAACACACGCAGUCCCCUAGAAGCAUGUCUCUGGAAUCCGGGGAGGUGUUACCUGGGGACACCAUAUCAGGAGGCGUAGACUCCCCUGUUUCUUGCGGCGCCAAACCCACAGUUCGGAAAGGGGCGAAAGAGGAAGAGGAAGGGGAGGAGGCAGAGGAAGGGGAGGAUGCAGAGGAGAUACCCCGUGACCGGGCCUGUGGGCGUAUUCGUGGCUCCUUGACUGCCCUAUCUGCCCCUCCUGACCCUCCUGGCGCGUCUGACCCUUCUGCUCCGUCUGCUCGGUCUACCCUGCCUGUUUCGGUUCGGAAGCCUGUGGAGGUAGGGUUUCCGUACCUGCAGUCGUCGUUCUGGGUGCUGCCUUCUGCUUCGGUGGGGCGGGAGGUGCUGCCUCUCAUUCUGCCUGCGCAGCUGGGAGGAGGGGCUGCGCUGGCAGUCACUCGAGCAGCAGCAGCAGAGGAGGAGGAGGAGCAGGAGAGGCAGGGAGGUUAUGAGGGGCAGAUGCGGCAGAGGCAGGGGGAGCAGCAGCAUGUAGCUGCGGCAGCGGGGAAAGAGUUGGCCUUUGCCGCUGUGUCGAGUCAUCCUGUGGAGGGGACAGCUUUGGCUGCUUUCCGAGCCAAGAUCGCCAAGGCUGCACUUGCCGAGGCUCUGGAUCGGUUCCUGGCCACUGGGAGCGCCGAGCUGCCUGGACCUGCUCCCGAACCUCUGCCACAGGGUCGGAGUGCAGGUGGGGCGCUAAUCGGUCAGCGGGGGGCAGGAGAAGGGGCAGCAGGGGUAGGUGGGGCGGGUACGGCGGGUGGGGCAGGUGGAGCACUGAAAGGGCUUCCUGCAGUGAGAAGGAGGAGAUUCCUGAUGGGAGGAGACAGCAGCGAUUCAGAGGAGGACCAAGGAGUGGCGGCAGUAGAGGCUCGGAAGAGGGUGAAGCAGGAGGAGGGCGCGCAGGGAGGAAGGGAGCGGCAGAGGAAGGGGUUGGGACAAGAGGUGGCUGUUGAGGGGAAGGGAGAGAAGAUGGAAGGGAAGGAGAGGAGGGUGGUGAAACGGGAGUGGGAGCAGGAGGAGGAGCGGGUGGCGAUGCAGCAGGGGAAGGCAGGGAGGAGUGGGAGAGAGGGGAAUGAGGGGAGGCAGAUGCAACAGCUCGUGGAGCCAGAAUUGGUGGGAGAAGCAGGGGUCGUUGGGCUUUCAGGUGAACCGUCAGGUGGUUUUUCAGGUGAUGUGAAGCCGGACAGGAGAAGUCCGCCCCACAACUUCUCCAAGCGCUCUCACUCGCCCACUGCACCGCUCUCACCCCCACCGCUCUCCACCGCUUCCUUUCCUCUCGCCCAUCCCUCUCUGCCGUCAUCAUCACUGGUUGCCCCCGACUCGCCCCUCUCGCCGCCUCCUUCCCACACCUCCUCUUCCUCACCCUCUCACCUGCACGCACACUUGUCCAAGCCCCCACGAGGAGCCCCACUGGCAGCAGCAGCAGCAGCGUCACUGGCCAGGGCAAUCGCAGCAGCCAAUGUGGAUGGGCGGUCGCAGAAGGGGGGUGCCCGAGCUUCUGGGGGGGGUGGAAGGGCAGCAGGAGGGGGAGUCUCACGUGGUGCUGCUGGCGCUGGUGCCGGUGCUGCCCGUGGUGCUGCUGGUGCUGCUGCUGCUGCUGCUGCUGCUGGUGUUGCUGCUGGUGGUGGUGGUGCUGGUGGCAAGAGGUUGGGUAGAGGAGCAGGGGGAGGGUUGGGGACUGGAGGGAGUAUGGCUCAUCUGCCUGUUGCUUCAUCGAAUGCAGGCAGUGGUCAGUCCAGUGCCGCUGCUGCUGCUGCCUCUGCUGAUUCCGGGGGGAGAAGCCAUGGGAAUGCAGGCAGGGUAGGCGCAGGAGGAGCAGGGGGGGCAGCGGGAGCAGGUGGGGCAAGGGGAGCAGGAGCAGGGGGAGCAGGAGGGUUGGGGGGCGGAGAGAGGGGUUGGGAGAGGAGGGGCGUGGAGAGACGGAGGGAGACAGAUGGGGAUGGGAAGUGGGGGAAGGACAGGCAAAGGGGGGGCAUGGAAGGGGCGGGUAAGGACAGAGGCAGGUCGGAUCUACAGCAAGAGAGGAAGAAGGGCGGCAUGCUGCCGCCCACUGGGGGGCGGCUGUCCCUCAAAUCCAGCUCAGGACAGGGCGCGCCAGGGGGAGGUAGACCUGGGGCAGGGCGGACUGGCGCAGGGGGAGGAGCCAGUGGGGGAGGAGGCUGGGGGGCGGGGGGGCAGGCGGGGGCAGGGGGGAGAGGGGGCGGAGGGGGAGGGGUGGGGGAGAGGAGGGAAGGGUUCAGGUCGCCGCCUGCAGUGGGGAGGGGGUUAGGGAGGGGGGAUAUGGAGGGGGAGGCGGUGCGAGUGCUAGAGAGGGAGAUAGGGGGGGCCAUUCGCAGGCUGCAAGAGUGGGACAAGCAACACUACUUCUCCAGGGGGAUUCUGCUGGAUGCAGCACCAGGCGCAGCAGUAGGAAGUGGGGCCGGUCGCAAGGGGCGACUCUCCUUGGAUCUGCCCACUCUGGAGAGGCGGUUGAAGGAGGGCGUGUACAGUGACGCUUCUGGCUCCGCUGCUGCCAUUGCCCGUGCCGCUGCUUCGACUGGAACCACUGCAGCAGGAGGAGGAGGAGGAGCAGGGGGGAGUGCAGGGGGUGCCUUGACAGCAGUGGGAGGAGCAGGGUUGGCUGGUGGUUCUGCAGUGGUAGGGAGUGCAGCGGCAGUGGCGGCGGCGGCGGUGGCAAUGGGUGUGAGGGUGAACGGGCUCGCUCGAUUCGAGAGUGACAUUCAGCUCAUGUGUCGCAGCGUGUUCACCAACGUGAAUGAGAAGUCCCCCAUGUAUCGGGCAGCGCGCCAACUCUUCGCUCUCAGCCGUUCCACCAUCGACGGCAUUAAGACCAGCUUUCUCACCGCCCUUGCGGCGACACAUAUGGCUUCCAGUGAUCGCCCUGCUUCUGCUUCUGCUGCUGCUGGCAGCAGUUUUGGAGGUGCUGGUGGUGGUUUCAGUGGUGCGAGUGGGGUAGGGGCUGGGUCUCGAAUGGUGUUGGGGAGGGGGAAUGGGCCUGUUUCUGCGAGAACUGGAGGGAAGAGGGUGAGAGAGGGAGCAGGGGUGAGACGAGUGAGUAAGAGGAGGAAGAGUGUCGCUGAUUCGGAUAGCAGUGGGUAUCAGAGUGAUUCGGAGGAGGAGGGGAGGUUUGGGUAUGAGAUGGAGGAGGAGGAGUGGAAGGGAGAUUCGGGCCGAAACAUCUGGUCAGAAUCAGAAGAGGAGGACGAGGAGGAGGAGGAUGAAGAGGAGGAGGAGGAGGAAGGAGAAGAGAGAGGGGAUUCGGACUUGGACGAAUUCGAAUCGGCGGAGGAGGAAGGUUCUGAUGCAGCCUCCUCCCCCGCCUCCUCUGCUUCAGAGGGAGAGGAGGAGCCUGAGAGUGAGUCAGGCUCAGAUGCCCAGUCGUCUUGCUCCCUGGGUGGGUCUGGAUCGGGUCCUGUGGUGGUGGUGAAUGUGGCUGAUGAGGAGAUGAGGAGACAUUGGGGGAACAGGAUGACAAGGGCCGCCAUGGUGCCGCCAGUGACUCGGCAGUACGAGGUGGUUGAGGAGUAUGUGAUUGUGGAGGAGGAGGAGGGCGUGCGGAGGAAGAUGCGCGUGGAGCUGCCCGCUGGAUUUGCUGAGAAGGCCCGGCAGGCGCAGGCCAUGGUUGAUGCUAACAGGUACAUACACCUGGAGCUGCCAGAGGUGAGGGAUUGGCGGCCGAGAAAGGCAGUGGGGCCGGAGGUGGGCGAGCAGGAGGUGUACGGCAUCGACCCCUACACACACAACCUGCUGCUGGACACGCUGCCUUUCAUGCCUCCUACUGAGACGGACGAGGAGAGGCACUCCUUUAUCGAGGAUCCUGUAGUAGGGGCAUUGGGGAUCGCCUGCACCCCUGCAGUGCCUGCACCCAGCGUUACUGGCAGCGUCCUUGAGGGGAAAAGUGCCCCUGGAACUCGACUUGAUGCCCGUGGUGGCCCGGCGCUCAUGAAGAUUGAUGCGGACAAAGAGGGCGACCACGCUCUGAUCCUCAUGCUUGCUUCCCCUCUCUCUUUCACCCACACAAACCCAUACCCGCCUACAGCACCUGCUCCCAGCACUCAAUCAACUGGCCGCAUCUUUCCGAGGCAAGCACUCAAUCAACUGGCCGCAUCUUUCCGAGGCAAGGUCCCCUUGGAGCUGGAUCUGAUGCCCGUGGUGGCGCUCAUGAAGAUUGAUGCGGACAAAGAGGGCGACCAUCGGCUCUUGCCAGCACUCAAUCAACUGGCGGCGUCCUUCAGAGGCAAGGUGCCCUUGGAGCUCGACUUGAUGCCUGUGCGCCUGCUGCCUGCCCUGAACCAGCUAGCAGCCUCGUUCAGAGGCAAGGUCCCCUUGGAGCUGGAUCUGAUGCCCGUGGUGGCGCUCAUGAAGAUUGAUGCGGACAAGAAGGGCGACCAUGCGCUGAGGGACCUGUGCAAGACGCUUUACUCCGCCAUGCGGGCACGGAGGAACAUGAAGAAACCCGACAAGUACCUGGCUUACAGGAAGCGCCGGCUCGGCUCUCGUCCUGCUUCUGCUCUCACUCCUGCUCCCCCUUCCUCUCCUGUUCCUGCUUCUGCUCUCACUCCUGCUCCCCCUUCCUCUCCUGUUCCUGCUUCUGCUCUCACUCCUGCUCCCCCUUCCUCUCCUGUUCCUGCUUCUGCUCUCACUCCUGCUCCCCCUUCCUCUCCUGUUCCUGCUUCUGCUCUCACUCCUGCUCCCCCUUCCUCUCCUGUUCCUGCUUCUGCUCUCACUCCUGCUCCCCCUUCCUCUCCUGUUCCUGCUUCUGCUCUCACUCCUGCUCCCCCUUCCUCUCCUGUUCCUGCUUCUGCUCUCACUCCUGCUCCCCCUUCCUCUCCUGUUCCUGCUUCUGCUCUCACUCCUGCUCCCCCUUCCUCGCCCGUUCCCGCUUCUGCUCUCCUGCAUCUGCUCCCUGCCGGCCUGGGUGUGGUGUGCAAAGCCCCUAAGGGCAUCCCUAAAGAAGAUUUCGUGGUGGAGUUCUUUGGGGAGGUGUACCCUCCGUGCCCGCCUUGGCUGGGUCUGGGCGUGGUGUGCAAGGCGCCUGAGGGCAUUCCCAAGGAGGAUUUCGUGGUGGAGUUCUUUGGGGAGGUGUACCCUCCGUGGCGGUGGCACGAGAAGCAGGACGGCAUUCGCAUGAUUCACAACAAGGAGGCUGUUUCUGAGUUUUACAACAUUCUGCUGGAACGGCCAAAGGGUGACGAGGCGGGGUACGAUGUGUUGGUGGUGGAUGCCAUGCAUCGAGCCAACUUUGCUUCUCGCCUCUGCCACUCCUGCAGCCCCAACUGCGAAGCCAAGGUGGUGGCAGUGGAUGGGUCAUAUAUGAUUCACUCGGCACCUCAUUGCUCUCCCUCCUUUCUCCCAUACUUGCCUUUUUUCAGGGUGGUGGCAGUGGAUAUGUUUUACAUGAUAGGUGUGGUGGUGGCAGUGGACGGGUCGUACAUGAUCGGGGUGUACGCCAUCCGCCACAUCUUGCCAGGGGAGGAACUCACAUUCGACUAUAACUCUGUCACUGAGAGCGUAGAAGAGUACAAGCAGGCCGUAUGCCUAUGCGGCCACCGCUACUGCAAGGGCAGCUACCUGCACCUGGGGGGAGGGCAGUCGUACACGCACGUGAUAAGCCAGCACCAUGCGGUGGUGCGGCGGCAUGCGCUGCUGCUGAUGGCGUCAACAGGGGGAGGCAUCACGGAGGCCGAGGAGAGUGCUUUGCGCCGGGCUGGCAUUGGCAGCAGCUUGCUCACUGACCUCCCAGAUUGGGCCAUCCGCUACACUGCCCUGCUUAUGGAGUUCAUCGAGGAGGAGAAGUACCUACUACCGGAGCUGAUAGUAAAGGAGCGGUUGGGCGAGAGGGAAAAGCAGGGCAGGCACAGGCGUCCCUCUGAUGCCGCCGCCGCUGCUGCUGCUGCUGCUGCUGCUAGCGACUCUGCUGGUGCCAGGGCGGCUGUUGCUGCUGGUGGUGCUGCUGCUGCUGCUGCUGCUGAUGGCCCUGCUACUGGCGGUAAUGGUGCGGGUGCUGCUGUUACUGGUAACGAUGCUAAUGGUGGUGGCACUGAGAGGGAGCAGGGAAAAGGGGCGGAUGAAAAGGUAGGAGGAGGAGUGUGUAAAGUUGAGGAGGGAGAAGGAGAGGGAGUGGGAGGUGGAGGCGGAAGAGGGGGAAUAGGGGAGCUUGCUUCUGGUGCUGCUGGUGUGAAUGGUGGGAGGCGCGAUGGGAGUGGGGAUGGGAAGGAGGAGGAAGAUGAGGCAGAUGUGAAGGCGGCUGCAGCAGGAAUUGAGAGGAUGGAUAUGGCAGGGAGAGGCAGGGAAGCGGAUGGUGGUAGCGGCGGCGGUAGUGGUGGUUUUGCUGCUGCUGAUGCUGGUUGUAGGGCCAAUGGCAGUGCAAAAGGUGCCGUUGCUGGUUGUGACAUUCGUGCUGUGAAUGGUUUUCACAGCAAGUCAUUGAAGAAUGCUGGUCUUGCUGCUAGUGCGGUUGGGAACGGUGCUAGAGACGGCGCGAGCGGUGCAGAGGGGCAUGAUUGCAAUGAUGGCAACGAUGGUGAUGCCAAGGGUUGUGAUGGCUGGAGGAGUGUACCUAGAGGAGGCCGAGGGCGUCUACCAAGGCACGCUGCAGAACCUGGCCUCAAGUCGCUCUCUCUGUUGCCUUCUGCUCCCCCUUCUCCUUUCGCUUCUCCCCACCCUCAGGCUGAAGGAGUCUACCUAGGUCGCUUACAGAACCUAGCGAUCACAAUGGACAGGGUGCGAUACUGCCUCAAGUCGCUGUACGGAGAUCCCAAGGCCGGCCCGCCGCCCCUGCGCCUGGUGACGGGGCACAAGGUCGUGCGCAAGGUGUGGGGCGGCGAGGGCUCCGUGGUGGCCGUGCUGCUGCCUCUCUUGGCUGAAGGAGUGUACCUGGGGAGACUCCAAAACCUGGCAAUUACAAUGGACAGGGUGCGAUACUGCCUCAAGUCGCUGUACGGAGAUCCCAAGGCUGGCCCGCCGCCCCUGCGCCUGGUGACGGGGCACGAGCUCGUGCACAAGGUGUGGGGCGGCGAGGGCUCCGUGGUGGCCGUGCUGCUGCGCUGCAUCGCCCUGCACCUCGACCGCCCGGCGUUUGUGGCGUUCCGGCAGCGCGUGAGGGAGAGGACACCUAAACCCAAUGCUCACGCGCUCAAACGCAGCCUGUUGUGGCUGCGGGAUGAGCUACUUCAGCUGCCCGUGACUGCAGGCAGCCGAAACGACGCAGCGGCCGAUCUGAUCCAUCUAUACGCCUACACCACCAACGUAUUCGCCUUGCACGAGUACCCCCCUUUCGACUCCCCACCCAUGACCAUAGUCGCAUCUGACCUCGGCCGAAACAUCGCCUCGCCCUCUCCCUCCGUCCCACCGCCCUCCUCCUCCUCCUUCGCACAAUACCCGCAGCAAGACGAGUGGGAGUGGGUGAAGGAAUACGACAGCGAUUACAUUUACGGGCAGCUGAUAUUUUGGUUCAAGCAGACGCUGGUGGAUCCGGGCAAGGCGUUGAGGGCGUUGAGAAGGGGGUGUCUUCUCUUGCCAGACCCAUCGUCUUGUUACUCCAAGAACCCGCUGCAAGCUCUGCCGAGGGCGUAUGGGCAGAGGGAGAGGAGGUCGCUGCUGCAUCGCAUGGUGAGCUCUGUCAGUGAUGAGUUAUGUUGA